CUUGUAAUGCCAUUUGUGGAAUGUAACAUUUCAAAGCCAGAUUGGCGUUGUCGAGAGGCUGCCACAUUUGCAUUUGGCUCCAUCCUUGAAGGUCCAACUGUUGAGAAGCUCUCCCCAUUGGUACAGGCAGGUUUGGAAUUUCUGCUUAACGCAAUGAAGGAUGAAAACAAUCAUGUUAAGGAUACAACUGCCUGGACUCUUUGUCGUAUUUUUGAGUUACUGCAUAGUCCAACUAGUGGGUUUUCUCUGAUUUCUCCUGAGAACCUCAAACGGGUACUAGGUGUGUUGCUGGAGAGCAUGAAGGAUGCUCCUAAUGUAGCUGAGAAAGUUUGUGGGGCUGUUUACUACCUUGCACAGGGAUAUGAGGAUGCUGGAGCAAGCUCCUCUCUCCUCAUGCCGUAUCUUACAGACAUAAUGAGUUCUCUUAUCGCAACUGCAGAUCGUACAGAUGGUGGUGACUCUAAACUUAGAUCUUCUGCAUAUGAAACUUUAAAUGAAGUUGUAAGGUGUUCCAAUGUUAUGGAAACAUCUCAUAUUAUAGCACAGUUGCUACCGGUCAUUAUGAAUAAGUUGGGUCAGACUGUUGAGCUUCAGAUUGUAUCAUCAGAUGACAGGGAAAAGCAAGCUGACUUGCAGGCUUCUCUGUGUGGUGUUCUCCAGGUUAUUAUCCAAAAACUUAGCAGUAAAGAUGAAACCAAACCCAUAAUUCAUCAGGCUGCGGAUCAGGUUAUGGUUCUGUUCCUUAAGGUAUUUGCUUGUCGCAGCUCUACUGUGCAUGAGGAAGCAAUGCUUGCAAUUGGUGCCUUGGCUUAUGCUGCUGGACCUCAGUUUGAGAAAUACAUGUCUGAGUUCUAUAAGUACCUUGAGAUGGGGUUGCAGAAUUUUGAGGAAUACCAGGUUUGUUCCAUCACGGUUGGAGUUGUCGGUGAUAUUUGCCGUGCCUUGGAUGAUAAGGUCUUGCCAUACUGUGAUGGGAUCAUGAAUCUUCUUCUUAGGGAUCUUGCCAGUUCUGAACUCCACCGCUCUGUAAAGCCCCCCAUAUUCUCUUGCUUUGGGGACAUUGCUCUUGCAAUUGGAGAACACUUUGAGAAGUAUGUUCCCUAUGCAUUACCUAUGAUGCAGGGAGCUGCUGAGAUAUGUGCUCAGAUGGACACUGCUGAUGAUGAGAUGAUGGAAUAUGGAAACCAGCUGAGGCGUAGUAUUUUUGAGGCUUAUUCUGGGCUUCUUCAAGGUUUCAAGAAUGUGAAGCCUGAUGUGAUGGUGCCAUAUGCACAACAUCUCUUGAAGUUUAUCGAACUGGUCUCCAGAGACAGGCAAAGGGAUGAAAGUGUUACAAAAGCUGCAAUUGCUGUGAUGGGUGAUCUUGCAGAUGCGCUUGGUUCCAAUACGAAGCUUUUGUUUAAAGACUGUUCAUUUUAUGCUGAUUUCCUUGGUGAAUGUCUCCAAUCUGAUGAUGAACAGCUCAAGGAGACUGCCAGUUGGACCCAAGGUAUGAUUGGACGCGUUAUGGUUUCAUGAGGUAAAGAGUCCUCUGUUGGGUAAAGUUGUCACCUUUGUUACUCUUUUUUCAUCUUCUAAUUAAUGUAUUCUCCUUCUAGUUUCUCAGUAAAUUAUCUAGGGUGUCAAGAAACUAAAACUGGGGGUUUGGUCUUGUAUGUAUUGCUGGUAUGGUUACUGAAUUAUUUGGGAUUUUCUUGAUCCACUCACCAUUUUUCAUGGGAUGUAGAGCCUUGUUAAGUUCCACAAUCUGUGGCCACUAAGUGGAUGUGGCAGCAAUUUGUCAAACCCUGUCUAUCUUAAAAUGCUUUCCACCAAUCGGUGGUUAUAGUUGAGUC